UUUCAUUAUGAAACCUGAGAUUUUCUUUGAUUUUCUUAAUGGUAGAAACAAGAAUAUUUAAGUAAAUGUCAAGUAACAGGAAGUUUAUGGUUAAAGACAUGAGAAUCUGGCAAAAUUGAGGGUUGUGUCUACUGAUAAUCUCAAGAUAAUGCUGGAGUCCAUUUCCAGUGGCUUCCAGUAGUCUGAUGAGUGAUUUAGCAAUUAUGAGUCAAACCUCUUUUGAUACGUAUGGGUGAGGUUUAUAUUGUGUGGUGGAAAGCCCAGCUGACUACUCUGCUUCCAGCUCAUGGAGUCAUACCUGCAAACCAUUCUUGAGAAUGGAGAAUCGUGAUGGGAUGAGAAGGAUCCUGGCUUAUAGAUCAGGCCAGUGUCAGCAAGUUUUCAGUAGCAGGAUCUAUUCCGUCUUUGGAAUGACUUUAACCUCUAUGCUUGGAAGAUUUGUUUGAAGAACAGCCCUUGGAUUUCACUCUGUCAGAGUUCUGUCCUGCCUGCUGCUUGCCUGCUCAUGGUUAAGAGUAUGCUCUUGGGCCUUAAAGCCUGCUCAUCUCCUCUCUGAGAGAGGACAUGUGUGAUACUGGGAGCAUAAAGAUCUUGAAAUGCCUGCUUCGCCACGUGCACCUAUGUGGCCAUCAGAACACCUCAUACAUAACAGAGAAGGGGCUUGCUCCCCUGUAGUGGCCUCUGAGGGUUUUUUUCAGAUGUCUCUCUUGAGUUUCAGUUGGUGGUGAGCUCUCAGGUGCUCAUUGCACAGGGCUUUCUAACAUCUUUGCUUGCUUUUCUGUUCUGGUUUUUUGACAGAUCUUCUGGGUAUAGUUUUUAAACUCUUGCAUUAAAUUAAUUGUAUUCCUUCCCACAGACUUUUCUUGGAAUUUGCGUGGUAUGUGUUGUAUGAAUGUAUAUGACCAUCCACGCCUUCUUCCAUCCCUUUCUCUUCAAGCUCUGACUGUAGUUGUUCAAGCUUAGUAGUACCUUCAGCUUCUAAAAUGAAAAUCCUGUAAAAAGGAAAAGAAUUUCAGAAAAGAAACCUCAGCAUUCCCAUCCCACAGCGUAUGCUGAGCAGCUGGUGCUUAUAAAUUCUAUACAAACAGAUUAUAUUAACACUUUCCAUUAAAGUGGACCUACAAGUGGCUUGGUGGGUCCCUGUUUUUUCUGUUGUAUUGCUGUGUGCAAUACUCAAGUUGCUUCAGGGAAUUAGGGGCUGAAAUUUUGCCACAAGCUCCAGCAGACUGCUAAGAUCCCGACACCUGAUGAAAUUUUGCUCCCUUGCAUAUCAAGAAGGUGGUUUUUGCCUAGCAACACGCUUUGUGGUUUCUACCUGAGGAUCAAAAACAGAAGUGCAUUUGUUCAGCCUUUUGCGUCACUUUGGUACUGAAGGUUUUGACAGUCAAAUCAUCCCUGACAUUUCUGUUGAUGCGCAAGAAAGAGAAUAAUCCAGUGUGUUUUUCCAUAGCAAUGCUGUCAUUGCAGCACUGACAAUAGUAAAAAGUACAUUCAUCACUGAAUAACGAGAUAUCCUGGAAACAUACGAGAAACAGAGACACACUUCCAACAAAAAUGUCUCACUUUUAAUGGCUAUUUUCUGACUGAUCCUGUUUUGCUAUUUAUACUCUCUCUGAAAUAUUUUAUGGAAACCUGAGUCCCUCUGAAAACCCACCCAAACAACCAGAAGUGUAUUUUACGUAUUGUAGUAUGUAAAUGAUUAGUCAUCACUUCUAGUUUGCUUAAUAAAGGAGGAGGAAAUCUAUAAAAAGGGAAGGUGAAGAGCUGGAAUUGAUUGCUAUGUGUCUCGCUUCUUCUUGCCUUCUUUUUAUUUCCCAGAAGGUAAUUAUGAAGGAUUUCUUUAAAAAACCAUCCUAACAAGCACUAUUGUUCUGGGUUUGAGGAUGGUAGCUGUACAUUGUAAGAUUAUUUUCCACUUGCUUGUGUUUUCUUGGGGAAGUGUAUGGACAGCUUUUUUUGUUUUAAGAUUCUAUGGCCUUCUUGUACAUUGUCAGUGAAAAAUGAUGUCUUCAGAAAUCUUAAGUGUAGCAAUAUGGGGAAUGCAUCUUAUAAUGAAAUUUGCCUUGGGUAAAGCAUGAUAAGAUGAUGUUGAGCAUCUGUGCACAAGACCAAGUCUUGGCAGAUCUCUUCACUUGUUACAUAUGAUACCCUUUGGUUGAUUGGUUUGUUGUCUGGUUUUUGUUUUGCUCUGUUUGUUUGUCUUUUGAAUAGUUAAUUCUCAACAAAUGGUCACACUGGAGAGUUCUGAAAUAAAUUUUGUGUGUGUCCUGAUUUUGGUACAGAUAUCUGUGUCUCUCUUGGUUUUGGAGGGUUUUGAUUAUAGCAGUCUAUUUCCUGGAUGGCUCUUUUCCAGGUGAAACCUUCAUGCACUGUACUUGGGAUUUUUGGUUUGUAAAUUAUUUUGGUUGAUUCCCUCUCCUAACCCCUCCCCCAUCUCUCUUUUGGAGGUGUGGGAGAAGCAGUCACUGGAAGAUGGGUAUGAGGAAAGGAUUUUGAGUCAGUGGUUUAUUCACUCUUUGCUUGCUGAGUAUUGGCUCCUUGAGAUACUUUUGCAUGUGCUUGAGUACUCGGGCAUAGCUUUCCAUGCUGUUCUUCCACUCCCAUUGUGAGCCUGUGUUUCUAAUGAGCUAGAAUUUCCAAAAAUAUCCUGCAAGAAAUGCCAAAAACCUAGUGGGAAUACUUAUUUUCUGUUACUCUCUACAAAUUAUUAAAUGGUUUAAGGAAAAGAAAUAGUUGUGUUUAUAAAUUUGCAGGAUGGCAGUGAUAGUUUACAAAAGUGCCUGCUGCUCUCCUCUGUGUGCCAGAGCUCCCAGAGAGAGCAGGACUGGAAUAUAGUGAAAGGCUAAACUCCACUUCUGGUGCAGCAAAUUCAGCUCUUUUCACAUGGCAAGUUCCAGUGUGUUGACACGUGCUGCGUGGCAAUUGCAGCCGUGCACAAUGUAAAAUGUGCUGCAGAAACUAGGAGUCUGAUAAAAUCAAAAAACAGAAAAUCAUCUCCCAUUAUUCUUGCUUGGCUUCCUCCCCCCUCCCCAGUAGAAUGAUAUAUGCUUUCUGUUUGCUAUUUUGUGUGUCUGCACUGACUUCUUCAACCAUGACUCACGUGCAAUUCUUGAGAAGAGCUGCCUGUUGUAUCAAGACAGUUCAGCACGUGGCCAUGGCCUGUAAAUCAGUCCGACUCAUCCGACAAUGCUCGUUUUUCUGUGAAAUCAGCUAUUCAGCUGGCAGACCCAAUCCUGAUGAACAGUGAAAGUUGCAUUGCUGAGGCAACUCUUUCUUUAGGUUUAUUUCUCAAUCCAUAACUUGGAAAUCUCAUUUUUUCUCCUAACAAAAUGCUUCAGGAGAAUUUUUUUGGUGGAUGUUGUUCAGGGAAUAGGAUUUCUUCCUUCUUCUCCUCUUCUUCCUCCCAUUCUGGCUAAUUUCAAUUUUUAUUCAGCUUAUUAAAUGAACAUCUCGAUUCACUAUCCUGAUAAAGCAGGUCACUUUCUAAAAGCACCCACUUAGCUAUUUUUUCAAUAGUGUUUGACUGUUGAAGUUUUAAUUGGAGCAGAAGCCAUAGUUAAAAAGCAGGCAAAUCUUUUCUCCUCAUUCCCUCAUUGAUUUCUGUUGAAGCAAACAGAUGAGCUUAUAUAUAAAUAUGUAUAUAUGCUUUUUUUUUAAUGAAAAGUGCUGGAAUUCGCUAAAAAAGGUUAGAAUUGAAAUGAGUAAUCUUCAGUGCAUAAUGCAAUUGUUAAUUUUAGCUUCUUGCGUAGGAGCUGUUAUGACUUGAACAGCCGGCUCUAGCCUUCAUUAGAGAAGAAGCAGGCAGUUUUGAGACAGGUGGAGCUGGAUCAAGCUGUGAAAGUGACUUGCUGGAAACUGGUUGGCUAUGGUGCGUCAAGCUCUCCGAAGGACCAGCAUGGAGAUUGGCACUCUGAACUGUUAAUGGGGACAUGGGACUCAAGUUGCCGUUGAUCAUUUGUGUGGACUUAACCAGCAAAGACCAACAGAAGACGCUAGAAAGGCAGUUGGAAUUAUAGCAGUUUUUCAGGUCACCAAAUCUUGUUAUUUUAAUUUCUGUCUGGAAGAAUGUCUGAGCAAGGUAAAUUGAACCAGGAGACAGCAGAAGAAGCUGCAAAAGAGCAGGAGACUGCCAUCUCUGAAGCCAACCCGGACAACUGUGUUCUUAAUAAAUCUGAAAGCUCAGAAGUAGAGGAGGAGAAGCUCAGUGAUUCCAAGACAGAGCUGCAGGUGUUACUGCCAACAAAAAGUUGUUAUGCAAAGCCUAAGAAGAAACGAGGGGCAAAUCAGAAAAAGAGAUCCAAGUCAGGAGCUAAAGGAAAACUUGUGCGGAGUCUUGCUGUGUGUGAAGAGUCAUCCCCCCGCCCAGGAGCAGAAACUCUUCAUGACAACCAGGAAUCAAUCCAACUACAACUUUCAAGUUUUCCUAGCUUGCAAGAAGAAGAUAAAUCUAGUAAAGAUGACUCCGAGAAAGAAAAAGAGAAGGAUAAAAAUAAAGAUAAAAACAGUGAAAAAAGCAAGAUCAGAAUGUUAUCAAAAGAUUGCAGUCAAGAGUAUACAGACUCAACAGGCAUAGAUUUGCAUGAGUUUCUCAUUAACACAUUAAAGAAUAACCCCAGGGACAGAAUGAUCCUCUUGAAAAUGGAACAGGAAAUUAUUGAUUUUAUUAGUGACAACAAUAAUCACUAUAAAAAGUUCCCUCAGAUGUCAUCGUAUCAGAGGAUGCUAGUGCACAGAGUGGCAGCUUAUUUUGGAAUGGAUCACAAUGUGGAUCAGACUGGAAAAUCUGUAAUUAUCAACAAGACCAGCAAUACAAGAAUACCAGAGCAAAGGUUUUCUGAACAUUUAAAAGAUGAAAAAGGUGAAGAAUCCCAGAAGCGAUUUAUCUUGAAGCGAGAUAACUCUAGUAUUGAUAAAGAAGACAAUCAGCAAAACAGAAUUCUUCCAUUUAGAGAUGACAGACGAAGUAAAUCAAUUGAAGAGAGAGAAGAGGAGUAUCAGAGAGUGAGGGAGAGAAUAUUUGCACAAGAUUCAGUUUGCUCCCAGGAAAACCUUUUUGUGGAAAACAGUAGGCUGUUGGAAGACAGUAGCAUAUGCAAUGAUAUGCAUAAGAAAAGACAGCUGUUUAGGGGCAACAGAGACAGCAUUGGGAAGACGUCUGGCAGUCGACAGAGCAGUACAGAGAAUGAACUGAAGUGGACUGACCACCAGAGGCCAUGGAGCAGCACAGACUCGGACAGCUCAAAUCGAAAUUUGAAGCCAGCCAUAACAAAGACAGCCAGUUUUGGUGGGAUAACCGUCCUGACAAGAGGAGAUAGCUCAUCAAGCAACAGAAGUACCGGCAAACUGUCUAAAACAGGUAGCUCAGAGUCUUCCAGCAGUGCUGGCUCCUCAGGAUCACUGUCACGAAUACAUCAGCCUCUCCAAAGUGCAUCUCUCGUCCCUGGGGUGACAGCCAAUUCUUCAGGCAGCAUGUCCUACCCUGAGAACGGGAUGAGUGGCCAGGUGGCCCCCAGCAACACCAGCUAUAUCAUUCUUCCACUUGAAGCUGCAGGGAUACCUCCUGGCAGUAUCCUUCUCAACCCACACACAGGUCAACCAUUUGUAAAUCCUGAUGGGACACCGGCAAUAUACAAUCCUCCCAGUGGCCAGCAGACAAUGAGGAGCCAGGUGGUGGGACAGUCUCAGCAGCAGCCUUCUCCCCAGCAGCCUCAGCAGGUUCAACAGCCACAGCAGCAAAUGGCAAGUCACCUUGUCACACAGCCUGUUCAGACAAUGCAGCCAUCUUCUCAGUCAGUCCAAUAUCCAGCAGUUUCUUAUCCUCCCCAGCAUCUCCUGCCAGUCUCUCCAACACAGCAGUUUUCUGUGCGAGAUGACAUGACAGCGCAGUUUAACCAGAUGAGCUUAAGUCGUCAGUCGUCAGGAGACAACCCCGAGUCGCCUUCUGGCCCCGUGUACCCCUCGCCCAUCCUGCAGCAGCCUGCCCAGCAGACAGGUUACAUCAUGGCCUCCCCGAGCCAGCAGCUUCCCCCGGGAGGCUUCACGGGUUCAGGACCACCGGUGUCCCAGCAGGUGCUGCAGCCGCCGCCGCCGCCCCAGGGCUUCGUGCAACAGCCACCGCCACCUGCUCAGAUGCCAGUGUAUUAUUACCCAUCUGGUCAGUACCCUACCUCAACAACUCAGCAGUACAGACCCAUUGCCUCAGUUCAGUACAACGCACAGCGGAGUCAACAGAUCCCCCAGACUGCCCAGCAAGCAGGUUACCAGCCUGUCCUGCCGAACCAGCAGCAGGGGUUCCAGGGUCUCAUGGGAAUGCAGCAGCCGCCCCAAAGCCAGAACCUGAUGAAUAAUCAACAGGGGAAUCAGGUGCAAGGCAUGAUGGUGCAGUAUCCAGCCAUGUCCUCUUAUCAGGUGCCAAUGACCCAGGGUUCUCAAGGAUUGCCGCAACAAUCAUAUCAACAACCAAUCAUGCUACCUAAUCAAUCAGGUCAAGGAACACUUACAGCCACUGGAAUGCCUGUCUACUGUAAUGUCAUACCUCCUGCCCCACAGAACAACCUCCGGUUGAUUGCCCCACACUGCCCCUCCAAUAACGUUCCAGUUAUUUCUGCCAGCUGCAGGACAAACUGUGCAAGCAUCAACAAUGCAGGGUGGCAGGUCAAGUACUGACACUGUGGCUUAGAUUUAUGAGGAUAGAGGUGCAUUAUUUGACAAAUAAAUCAUGGCCUUCAAAUGAAGAGGAACACAACAGAAUAAUCAGUUGAGGACACGAGUACUGACAAUGCUCAAGUGAUUUGCUGCUGGAAAACCUGUAAAAAAAAAAGUAAAAUAAAUUUUGAAAAAAAAAAUGUUUGCUGGUUAAUGGUGCAUAUUUUUGUCAUGUCUGCUAGGUAUGCCUUUAUAGCUUAGCUAGUGACAUGAAUUCAUUGAGGUAAGAUUUUUUCCUACCACUGAACACCACUGUGUAGAUUGUAAUAUCCCCGAUUCGGAUUAGUUUUGUACUUUGUGUUGAGUUUGUGAAGCUAAAAGUAUUAAAAAAUAUAAUAAAAUCACAUUGUACCAAAGCUGUAAUGGAAA